AUGCAAAUUAAAGUCAUCAAGAUUCCAAAGGGAAUAGUUCCUUCUGGAGCCCAUUAUUCUGAAUUUAAAACAACUGUUUUUGAUUUUCUUUUGUCAAAUCCAAAAAAUAUUUCAAGAAUUGGUGUUUGCUCAGCUCAUGGUGAUGAUAUUUGUCUUUAUAUGAUGUGCAGAUGGCUAAUAGAAGAAGGAGGAUUCACAGCACAAAGUUUCAAACAGCAAAUUCAAGCUGUUCAUGGAUUAAGCUUCAGAAAACCAAAAUAUUUAAUAUCAUUACAAUCUUUAUAUGGAGAAAUGCUGGUUGACAAUCUAACAUUGCAGUAUUUUUCGGAAAAAUUAAUUGAUCAAAAUUUAAUUCAAACUCAAAAACAAUCUGAAGACAAAAUUGUUGAACCAGUCCAAAAACAUGAAAUUCCUGUUAGUGUUGACAUGAUUCGUGUUGAAUUCGACGAAAGCCGAUUGAAAUUAAAUACAAAAGAAAUUGAUCCAUUAAUUAAAUCUGUUGGAGUUGCUUUGGAUCCUAUUGAUGAAGCAAACAUCAAGAAAGAUGUAGAAUCGAAUUUAACUGUUAAAAAAGAACGUUUGAAUUUUGAUAGAUACUCAUUAAAGGAUAUUGCUAACGAGAAAGACAUAUUUUGGAUCAUGGAAGAUGCAAAAGGAGUUCAUGUUUAUCUUCUAUUCAAAUUAAGUUGUUGUUUUAUUAUUGGUGAACAAAAUUGGGUCAGAAAAGUCAAUCUUUACAUGCCACCGUUAAAUAGUAGUAACGAAACAAUGCUUUAUUCAAUUUUCGAAGGUAUUAUAUGGCAUGAUCCAAGUAAAAACAAAUUGCAAAUUAUGUUUGUUGAUAUCAUAAAUAAUGAAGCAAGUUCAACAAUGUCACUUCCUUUUGCAGAAAGGGCUAAUCUUAUUGACCAAAUAUUAGCAAACAGGCAGCGAAAGAUAGAUGAGAAUCAAUUUGUUCAUAUUAGUAAUGACUUUGAUGUUCGCAUAAGAAAAUAUUGUAGAUUGAAAUAUUUGGAUUUCUUGAAACAAAAUUUCGAAGUACAAGAUUCAUCAAUUUUGUUUAAAUCAAAGGAUGGAAGAUACGGAAGCACUGAAUACUUGUAUGACGAAAAUAAUCCAUUGAUUAUCACUGUAGAACUUAAUAUUUUGCUGGGUACUUUUUAUGGUGUUGAUAACGAUGAAAAGCAAUUUGUUAUUUUCGAUCAUCCUACAAAAGAAUUCGCAAAAUAUAAUGAGUGUCUCAUCGAUAUUAUCUAUAACAGAAUGACAAAUAAAUGGGAAAUGCUGUCAUUGAGUAGUUCUAAAAGAGCAAUGGAUGGUGAUCAUUUAACAAAUACAAUUCUUGAAACAAGAAAACCUCCUUUGAAUUUUGAUAUGCUCAAAAGGAAAAUUGAUAAGAUCCUUCUAAAGCCGCAGUAUGUUCAAGAAGAACUCGAAAGAGCAAAAAUGAAAUCAUAUGCUAAAUAA